GGUGUGUGCCGCAGGAGGGGGAAGAUGAGCGAGGCGGAGCUUCAGAAGGCAAUUGCGGUCAUUCCCAGCAGGUUUUACUGGCUUGAAGUCGCCAGGCAGCCUCGCCAACUCGUGACACCAAGUGCUGUGUACUUCUCGAUCGACCAGGUGAGCAGCCAGGGGGGGGCACCAGCAGGCCAGGAGAUAGCCACGAUUGCAGCAGCCCCUCUGACCAACACGUCGAGGAAAAGCCUAGCUGUUUUGUGUGUCCCCCACUUCAUGUGUGCUGUGCUUGGGUGUGUUGUGGGAACUGACUUGCCUGCAGGAGUUCCUGUAUGAGCCCUUCUUUGCGGACUUCGGGCCUCUCAACCUUGGGAUGGUCUACCGCUACUGCAGACUGCUGGAGUUGUACCUGCAGGAACACGUAAGUCAUGAGUGAGUGGCUGCCAAGGAGCAAGCUUCAGGGGCGCCGCCCUUGGGGAUGUCUGCGUCGCCAUGUAUGUAUGUAUCCCUCUCUGGCUGUGCAGUGUGAGAAGAGCCGCAAAGUGCUGGUGCACUUCACCAACAUGGAAGACCCGGCCAAAAGGGCCAACUCGGUCUUCCUUGUUGGCGCCGCCCAGAUCAUUCUCUUCCAGAAGACAGCUGACGAGGCCUGGAGGCCCUUCCAAGGUGCGAGCGACCCCUAGAGCACCACGCAUCGGUCGACUGACUGGGUGGCGCGUGUGUUAGCUGCAGGUUUGAGUCCCCCGUUGGUGCCCUACCGCGACGCAACAUACGGCGUCUGCACAUACCAAUGCACUGUCAGUGAGUCCGUCAGCACCAGGAGAGUACCCGAGUGUCUAUGGGCUCUGUUGUGUUGUGUUGUCUUCUCUUGUGACCUUCAGGUUCUGGACUGUUUGAGGGGUCUUGAAAAGGGCAUUGAAUUGGGAUGGUUCAACUAUGACACCUUCGACCUCCCGGAAUAUGAGUACUAUGAGAGGGUGGAAAAUGGUAUGUAGCACUCACUUUACCACACAGCACACACACGCAUCCAUCGCGACGGUGCCUCUGUGUGUCUGGGUGCAUGUAUCUGUGCGUGUAUCUGUGGUGUCAGGUGACAUCAACUGGAUACUGCCCGGCAAGUUCCUGGCCUUCUCGGGUCCGCAGUCUGACACCAGUGUGGAGAAUGCCAUGGGGUUUCGGUAUUUCGUGCCGGAGGACUACGUCAAGGUGUUUAAACGUCUCAAGGUGGCCUGCGUCAUACGACUCAACAAGAAACAAUACGACAGAAGGGUUGGCCUCACACACACACACACACACAGAGGGAGGGAGAGAGAGAGAGAGAGAGAGACGGUGUCUGCGGUCGGUGUCUCACUCAGACCUUUCUGGAGGCGGGCACCAGCCACCAUGACCUCUACUUUCUCGAUGGCAGCUGCCCCUCAAGGGUACACACGCACACAGAGGGAGACAGACCCAAGCUGCCUCAUGCCUUCUCUCUCCUCUCCUCAAUGAAUGCAUCCCUCCAUGGCCAUCCGGGAUGGAUGGAUGUGCAGGAGAUAAUUCAUCAGUUUCUGCACAUAAGCGAGAACGAGCCAGGUGCGAUAGCGGUGCACUGCAAGGCGGGACUCGGCCGCACCGGCACUCUCAUCGGGUGCUACGCCAUGAAACACUACAGGUGCGUGGGUGGACACAUCACAUCCGACGGACGGACAGACAGCAUGUGAUUCAAUGGACUCAUCCAUUCACUCAGGUUCCCCGCGGCGGCCUUCAUUGGGUGGGCCCGCAUCUGCCGGCCCGGAAGUGUCCUGGGACCACAACAACACUUCCUGCGGGUAGGGAGGGAGGGACGGACGGACCACUGCGAAAUAAAUAUGUGGGUGGGGAGGUUGCAAACUCAAACAAAGACAUGGGAGCUCGGCUGGGCUGUGUAUGCAGGAGAUCGAGCCACAGAUGUUCCGGCUGGGCGCCGCGCAAAUGAGAAUACCGUAGGCAGGGCAGGCUGACAGGCACACAAACCACCCCCCUUGAACAGACAGACGGAUGCAUAUUUGGGUCAUGUGCGUUGGCCUUUUGUGUGUGUGAUGGUUGGUGCCUGUCUGUCUGUCAGCAUCGCCCCGGGCCAGCCCAUGUCAGAGGGACUCCCCGAGAUCGACUCCCCCAUCGAUGUACGUACGACACGGGGGAGGGAGGGACAGAGAGAGCCAGCAUUCCGGCCGGCAUCGUGUGCGUAUCUGUGUGCACUGUUGGCUGUCUGUCUGGUUGCAGGGUGAAGAGUCUGAUUCGGCCGGCCGUCAUUCCGAGCUGGGGUCCCUCUCACCCAUCGGUCAGCACGGCGAUGCCGGACAGGGCGAAUUCCUCCUCAGCACCAAACGAAGGUACACACUGGGCGACAGACACACGAUCAGUGCACACACAUUACUUACAGAGAGACCAGCCCAGCCCAGCAGACAAGAGACACACCACCCCCCUCUCUCUGUCUCUCUGUCUCUGUGUGGUGUUGUCCGUGCCCUGUGUGUAGGCACCAGUCGGCCAGUUCCUCGAUGGGCGGCGCCACCAGCAGCACCAUGCCCACCGAGAGCCCCGGCAGCAGCAGCAGCGCCUCUGCCUACUCGCCCGCCCACGCACUGCACGCAGUGGCGCUGGCCAACCAGGUGGGGGAGCUGGACAAGGUCAUGUCGGAGGCGGACGUGUCGCCAGCUGUCAGAGGACCCACGGCAGCACUCAACGCUCGGAGAUCAUGCUGACGCGAGCCUUGGUGGAUGGAUGGAUGGACGGACUGGAAAGAACUCUUCCCUUGCUUUCUGUUGGUAUGUGUGUACCUACCUACCUUUGCAUGCGUCUUUGUAGCGAGGGUGCGUUGCCU